AUGUGUGUAGCCAAUGUAGGAAUCCUUCAAGAGAGGCAAAGCCUCAUCAUCGGCUACCGCGAAUAUUUACAGACGCUUACAUCAUGGGCUAAUAAGCUCAACCUUCAAAUGUCUAGUCAGGUCGGCUAUAAUCCUCCAGUCGAUAUGAAAUCAGCCGUUCCCUUUGUCAAUGCGCCAGAGUGUGAGAGCCUCGGAUUUUCAGAUCAGAUUGAUGCAUACCGUCAAUUUUUCGGGCCAGCGGUUCUGUCCGGGAAGAGGGAUCAUGGAUUUUCAAACGCCCUGGACUAUAUCGCUCGUUUACAAUAUACGCAACAAACGGGCAAGCUUCACGCUGACAUUGCCGUUUACAAUAAACUCUCGCAUUCGGAUCCCGACUUUCCCCUUCUUUAUUCUAAUGACGACCUAAUACAGCAUGGCUACACCUACAACUAUCUGUCUCCAGAUAACUUCGCUCUCCCGCAAGCGAAGGUGGUGAACGGCAUCCUGGCACCAGAAGAUCCUUCUUAUAAAACUCUUCUUAUCUCUCAAGUUUCGAAUAUCUCAGUUGAUGGAAUCCUCAAGGUGCAAGGAUACGCUCGCCAUGGUCUACCAGACAUUCUGAGGGGAGAUCCAGCGUAUUAUACUUCGUAUACUGACGGAACUGUCGAACAAGCAAAAGAUGCCCUGGAUGCUUUGAAGGCGAUUGAAAACGUUUAUAGUGUUCCACCCGGUGGCGCGGCUGAAAGGCUGAUUUCUCUGGGGCUACUCCCAGACGUUCAAGUCAGGACAAAUGGGACCUGGUUCACAAGUGGAACAGUUGAUAUUGCGACCACUGAAACCCCAUAUUUGCUUGAUGCCUGGACUGGCAAACAUGAGCCUUUACACCUGUACCAGAAGUCUGGAAACCGCACAACUAUCCACCUCCGUCUCCAAGCAAACCAGACCAUCACCCUCGCCUUCGGAAACGACCUUCAACAGGUGCCCAAUCUGCAUCUCACUAAAGCUCCCUCGACAGUGUUGGGCUACGGCUCGGGUGAGAAAUCAGCGGCUCACAUAGUAUCCGGGACAUGGGAUGUCCCCCUAACCCUGUCCGACGGAAGAGUGUACCAAACAUCUUCGAUCCGCCAGCCACCCUCAGCGUUUCCAUUAAACAACUGGACUCUCGUGCUUGAACAUUGGGAAGCACCCAGGGAUUUGUACGAUGCUUCGCCGGUUGCUUCCAAGCGCAAUACGACCCACAGCCUCACCUCCAUUGUCUCGUGGACGGAGAUCCCGACUAUUGCCAACGUCUGA